AUGAGCUCCACGGGCAAGUCUCGCAAGACGGACAAGUUCUGGCUUUAUGCCUUUCGCGAUCAACUUGCCGGGAUUCAGGCAUUUACAAACUGCAUCUGUGUUGCCGAUGUCCAUGGCGACGGUGACUAUAAGCUGCUUGUUGCGGAUGGAAAACGACGUCUAAAAAUAUUUGGAGGCACAUCUCUUGUAAAAGAAAUGCGACUUUUUUCUGUUCCUUCGGCGCUUACUGCGUUUUACUCGGACGGCAGCGAUGCUGUUUCUCGGCCAGUUGUGGCAGUUGCUUGCGGACCGCACAUCUUCAUGUACAGGAACAUGGCUCCACUGUACCGUUUCACGAUAGCUCCGGUUGAGCUGGAUGACGUGGAUGUGGCUGUCUGGGAGGGGCUUCGCAACAACGGCAUCUCCGUUGCGGAGGCAGUCGAAAUGUUAAGCGAUAGACGUGCAGCUGGGGUGGAAUUGUCCAUGCGUUCCACCGAUCUUUUGGCUUCUGACAAUGUGCAGGAGAGAGAGCGGUUUGUGGAGUUGGUAAGGGGUACUCCUCUUUCUCAGCAAAGUGUUGUCACCUGCAUGAGUUCUCUUUCGCUGCAGCGAACGGAACUGGGAAGCCGUGGUUGCCUGGUUGUCGGCACCGAGAAUCGUUACCUCUACAUUUUGAAGAGCUCCGCCACGGAGGUGCAUCUCAGGAUAAAACUCCCUAGCGUCCCUGACUCCAUCGUAACAGUUGGGGCGUUACGGGUUGAGUAUCGUAUUAUUUUGUCCUGUCGAGACGGUUGCGUCUAUUCUGUAAAGAACGGUAACUUGUCCAGCUCGAUUAUUUACCCAGAUGGACAAAUUGUGCAGAUUGCUCGCUACGACAACCUUGUGGCCGUGGCAACAACGCAGAACACACUGUCAUACUUUACCUUGAAGGGAAAGCGUCAGAUGUGCGUCUUCCUUCCUCUGCCUGUCACAAAUAUAGCCACCAUUCCGGAAACCGUUUCUGGAAAGGCCAGAGGUAUUAUUGUGGCGCUGAACAAUGGAGCCGUUCGCGUGUACGUGGGAAAGACCUUGUUGCAUGAGAGUCAGGCGUAUGGCACUGUAAACGCGAUGCAUUUUGGUCGCUACGGCCGUGAAGACUCGGCGCUUAUCCUUAUUUUGCAAAAUGGUUCUCUAGUAGUUGAAUUGCUGCACCGCCACGCAUCAUUUGAAUGUGAAAAGGCCCGAGAGGUUGGCCCACCAACGGAACAGGAUGUGCCUAUCCCUGUACCGCCCCUCACGAGUCUGUUUGUGGGUCAGGCGGACCGCGAACGCAUGUACAGCAUAGAUAUGCAUAGAUCGUUUCAGCGUGAUCUUUGUCAACUGCGGUUGACCACCGCCAAAUUGUAUCUCUCGAUGCUCUCCGGCGCCGGUGAGGUGGGGGCAGCAGGGGUUGGCCUGCCCCGAAGCGACGACUCUGUGCGUGUGAUGACGGCUGUGCAGGGUCUUGGUCCGGUCUAUAAGUUGCGAAUCACAUUACAAAAUGCGAGUGCAAGAGCCUUGCAGAAUUUAACAAUCCUUCUAAGUCACCACUCGGCGUCAUGUAAGCUGUCAAAGCACAUUAUAGAGGUGCCCUUUCUGAUACCCUCUUCACUUUCCUCGUAUGAAGUCCUUCUGGAGCGUGUAGACGAUGAGGUUGUGGAAGAGGGCGUCUCUGUGUAUGUUACUAGUCUUUUCUCACAUGUUCCUUUAGCAGCCGCAGUUGUGGACCUACCAGAACCAGGUAUCGUCGAUGAGAGAAUGUAA